AUGUCAGCGGAGUCUGUGCCAGGUAGCAAGUCGUUGCUUAGUGCUGUCGAUCUCUUUGGAAAGACUGAUGCUGGAGGAGUUGAAAAAUUCAAAGCAAUCGCGUUCCGUGCACUUCAUGAGCAAAAACUUGAUGAGGAAUUAAAACAAACAAAGCAAGAGAAUGAAGUUUUGAAAGAUGCAAAUGCUCGAUUAGCGCGUGAUUUGAAAGAACUUCAGAUAUCAUUUGAUGCCAACAUUGACGAUCGAGAGCGUGUGCUUGCGUUUAAAUCCAAACGCAUUGAGGAAUUACAUAGCAAAUUACAUGAAUGUGAAAUCAUUAAUGCGUUAUUUAUGGAAGCAAUCAAUGGAAAAAGCUCGGAAAGUGAUCUUAGCACUAGCAAUGUUCAAAGCAAUAGUACGACUUUCAAUCACUCUAUAGUAGGAUCAGUGGCAUUAGAUACGGAUACACGCACAAAGAUGAUGGCGUUAAUAACUGCAGGAAAACCUGUGUUUCAUGCUUGUGAUACAUGCAAAGAGCAGGAGUAUAAACAACUUUAUGAAGAAUCGCAGCGAAAAUUGGAUCAAUUAGUUCAAACUUCUCUUGAGCAUGAGACUGUUUUCCACGAAAACCGACUUGCCGAGUUUCACAAGCGAGACAGUGACAUUCAGAUUGAACAGCUUCAAGCUCAGAUCGUAGCUAUGACAUUGGAAAAGAAUGAAUCAGGCCAUCACUUUGAGCGAAAAUUACUUCUUGAACAAGAUAAAGUGCGACAGGAGAAAGAGAGUGAGAUCGAAGCUUUGCAUGAAAUGAUGCGUGCACAAAUGCUUGUGCAAUUGGAUGUGACGACACAGCGCACUGUCGAAGAAAAUGAACGAGUACAACUUGAGUUACGCUAUCAGAGUCUUCAUCUUGAAAAAAUGAUGAAACGAAUUGACACAUUAGAAGAUGAAAAUAAACACAUGAAGCAGGAAAGACAUUUGGUGGAAGAAAUCAAUACAGGAUUAAGUAAGAAAGUGAAGGUUUACGAGCAUCUCUUAUCAAAAACGCAGCAGAGUGACAAUCAAUGGUCAAUGCAAGUUGACAGUCAAGAGCAAUUGACUGAAAAGCCACCUAUUGGACCAUUAUCAUCGCGACGAAUUCCUCGAAAGCCACCAAUUCCUGCCUUGUCAUUGAGAAAUUCAAAGCUUAAGUCACCCGACGUCCCAUCCUCAUGUAGCCUAGAAUCACCCAAUGGCUCAUACUUUUUACCCGAAAUCAACAGUUAUCAGACUACGAAGUCUUCUCUAAUCACUGAGUUUCAAAGUCCGUGUCAGCUUAACGAUAUCACCGACAUUCUUGACAAACAUUUACAAACUCGUGAGUUUACCAAAAAACAAGUUGUGGCUGCACUAAGAUAUCACCAUGAUCAGUAUCGUUGCCGAGAUAGUCCGAACGUAGCUCGCAAUAUGAGAAUGGGAACGGCGUUAAAGACGAAGAGAAAGCUGAUGGUAUCAAAAGUGUGCUACCUAUCGACAAAUCAUGGACGUCGAAUGAGAGAACCACCAAUCACACUCGACUCACUUAUCAAGUAUAAGCUACAGUCAAGUUCUUUAAGCGCUGAAAGCACAGAUUCAAAUCAUGUUAAAUUUAACGAAGAGCAACGCCAAAAAUUACACGAUUUGUUACUUCCAGACCAAGGGAGGAACAAACAAAAAGACAAGCCUACACAGUCGUUGAUAGCAGGAGAUUUGUCGGAAGUGUGGAAAAGGUCACGAUCUAGGUGGCAGGAUGACCGUUUAGGGCGAGAUCCACCUGCUACGUCUAGAUUCUGA